CACAUCCUUCUUCUGUGCUCUCUCUCUCUCUCACACAGCUUUAUUUCACUUUUGAGGCCUCGUGAUUCCUACAAAACCAUUCUCUCUCUUGCCCACGCAUUUCCCAUACAGUUCUCUCUCUCUCUCUGCCUCUUCUGUCUCAUAUGGCUUUGCGUCGGAAAACCGCUUUUGGGUUUGUCCGAAAUCGCCACUGUAGACCACCAUUCGGAACCAGCGUAUAGAGAUUGGAGAAGGAGAAGCUUUGAUUCUUUGUUAUUUGGUUCUAAGAAUUACUCAAUGGCUGUGGUUUUUGAUUCUGGGUUUGUGGUAUUUUGCUUCAUUUGGAUUCUGCGAUUGAGUGGAAGAGUCAACUCGGAGCCGGCCGAGGACAAGCAAGCGCUCCUUGCUUUUCUCAAUCAGACCCCACACGCGAACCGCGUGCAAUGGAACUCGACCCAGUCAGCGUGCGACUGGUUUGGGGUCGAGUGCGACGCCAACCGUUCCUUCGUGUACAGCCUCCGGCUCCCUGGGGUCGGCCUUGUGGGCCCGAUUCCACCGAACACGCUCAGCCGGCUGAGUGGGCUCCGAGUCCUGAGCCUCCGCGCCAACCGCCUCUCCGGCGAGAUCCCCUCCGAUUUCUCCAAUCUGACCUUCCUCCGCAGCCUCUACCUCCAAAACAACGAGCUCUCGGGUGAGUUCCCACCCAGCUUGACCCAGUUGUCUCGCUUGGCUCGCCUCGAUCUCUCGUCCAACAACUUCACGGGUCCAAUCCCAUUCUCAAUCAACAAUCUCACCCACUUGACCGGUCUUUUAUUGGAAAACAACAACUUCUCGGGUCCGCUACCGAGCAUCGCCGCCGGUUUGGUAAACUUUAGCGUCUCUAACAACAACCUCAAUGGUUCGAUCCCCAAGAGCCUAGAAAAUUUCCCUGAGUCCGCAUUCGCCGGAAACAAACAUCUCUGUGGGAAACCACUGCCAUCGUGCAAUCCAUUCUUUCCGUCACCGGCUCCUUCGCCGUCCGAGAAUCCGAGCCCGAAUCCGGUCCGCAAGAAGUCCAAGAAGCUCUCGACGGCCGUUAUAGUCGUAAUCGUGGUGGGUUCGGCCCUGCUAGCCUUGCUUCUACUGGUACUCCUCUUGCUCUGUCUCAGGAAACGACAUCGUCGGCAGCCGAAUAAAGUGCCGAAGCCGCCGGUGGCUACGGCACGGUCGUUUUCGGCGGAGGCGGGGACGUCAUCAUCGAAGGACGACAUCACGGGUGGGUCGAUCGAGGCGGAGAGGAACAAGCUGGUGUUCUUCGAGGGCGGGGUUUAUAGCUUCGACUUGGAGGACCUGCUGAGGGCGUCGGCGGAGGUGUUGGGAAAAGGGAGCGUGGGGACAUCGUACAAGGCGGUGCUAGAGGAAGGGACCACGGUGGUGGUGAAGCGGCUCAAGGACGUGACGGUGACCAAGAGAGAUUUCGAGAUGCAAAUGGAGGUGCUGGGGAAGAUUAAGCACGACAAUGUGGUUCCUCUCAGAGCCUUCUACUAUUCCAAGGAUGAGAAAUUGCUCGUCUCUGAUUUCAUGGCUGCCGGGAGCUUGUCUGCCCUUCUUCACGGGAGCAGAGGGUCUGGGCGGACGCCACUUGACUGGGACAACCGGAUGAAAAUAGCACUGAGCACAGCAAGAGGGCUGGGCCACCUACACGUGUCGGGAAAAGUGGUCCACGGCAACAUAAAGUCGUCCAACAUCCUCCUCCGACCCGACCACGACGCGUGCGUUUCGGACUUCGGGCUCAACCCGCUAUUCGGGACGUCUACCCCGCCGAGCCGGGUCGCGGGUUAUCGUGCGCCGGAGGUGGUGGAAACCCGUAAGGUCACGUUCAAGUCCGACGUGUACAGUUUCGGUGUGUUGCUAUUGGAGCUAUUAACUGGGAAAGCACCAAACCAAGCGUCGUUAGGUGAGGAAGGCAUUGAUCUUCCAAGGUGGGUCCAGUCGGUGGUGCGAGAAGAAUGGACGGCUGAGGUUUUUGAUGUGGAGCUGAUGAGGUACCACAACAUUGAGGAGGAGAUGGUGCAGUUGUUGCAGAUAGCAAUGACGUGCGUUUCCGUCGUGCCGGAUCAGAGACCGGCUAUGCAAGAGGUGGUGCGUAUGAUUGAGGAUAUGAACAGGGGUGAGACUGAUGAUGGCUUACGACAGUCGUCGGAUGAUCCAUCAAAAGGAUCGGACGGUCAUACGCCUCCCACUGAGUCAAGGACCCCACCUCGAGCUAUCACACCUUAGUAGUUCUUCCAAUUAAAAGUGGGUAAAAGAAGUAAAAGACAAACGUGGUGGGUCUCAUUAAAAAUGUGCACAGGAGGACAGGAGGGCGUAAGUAACAGAGUUGAAGUGUGCAGUUGAUUAGGCAUCUGGACAGUUCAACAUGUGUUUUUUUAUUUUUAUUUUUAUUUUUUUUUGGGUUUAUUUUUUAAAAUUUUAUUUUGAAUGAUUUUUACAGGUGGGGGAGAUCUUGAAUUGUUUAUGAGGUGGGUGGAGGAGUUCCAUGAACUUAUUGGAAUUGACCAUUUGAUGGACUUA